AUACAGUGUUUUUGUUAAAAAGAACAACAUAAUUGCUAAAUGGUUUGUUUGAACAGGUCAGAAUACAGUAACAAGAUAUGACAGACAACGCUGCUUUCAAAGUUUUACAAAAAUAUUACCCUGGUGGCUUUUUUGGAAACGAUAAAGAUGGAAGACCUGUUUUUAUCGAGCCGUUAGGUACAGUGGACUUCAUUGGAAUUUUGCAUUCUGCUAAGGUAGAGGACAUUGUCGAAUUUAAGCGAAGACACUGUGAAGAAGGCAAGCAACGCUGCUUCAAACAAGAAGAAAAACUUGGUAAAGCUCUUGUUACAUAUACAACGCUAUUGUUAGAUGCUGAAGGUGGAGGAAGAAAGCAUUUGUGGAAACCAGGCCUUAAUUCUUAUCAAGCUGUAAUUCGCAUGUACGAAGAGGAGUUUCCCAACUUACGCGAACGAAUUAUCGUGGUAAAUGCGCCCAUGAUUUUCCCAAUCAUCUUCGCACUUAUUAAACCUUUUUUAAGUCAAGCAACUAAGGACAAAGUCAAAGUUUUCGGAAGUGACUGGAAAGAGUCUCUUUUAAAAUACAUUGAUAAGGACAACCUCCCAGAAUAUUAUGGCGGCACUUGCAAAGACGAGAACGGCAGUCCGAAAUGCGAACAGUAUAUCUGCUACGGAGGAGAGGUGCCCAAAUCGUAUUACGUGACGGAAAAUGUUAAUUUUGAUUCUUUUGAGACGAUCACAGUAAAGGCUGGCUCCAAAGCAACAAUAGCGCACGAAGUUAAGAUAGCAAACAGUAAAAUUAAAUACCAAUUCAUCACGUCUGAUUAUAACAUAGAGUUCUCAGUCGACGUGGAAACAGAAGGCGGAGAAAAUAUCAACAUAUACCCCAAAACUAAAAAAGCAUCGCAUCUUAUAAUGGAGGAGGGUGAAAUAACUUGUAAACAAACAGGGAACUAUUUGUUUACGUUUGAUAAUUCUUACAGUUGGAUUAGAGGAAAAGAAGUCUUCUACAUGAUAAAAGUGGAGGAGAGCUGAAAUGGAGAAGAGCCGUUGAUAAGAGAUUUGCCGAAUGAUGGACAAAAAAUGGACAGCAAAAAAUGCAUUAAGAUUAAUUUUUAAUUCUAUAAAAAUAGACUAUUGUAGUAAAGUAUUAUGUUUAUGGUACUGUAAUUACCAUUGAAACAUUAAUUUUUGUUGAUUUGAAUAAAUUUUGCAAAGCCAUCAAAAAGCUUUA